ACUCGUUCGAAUCCCUCGGUCCCGAUUCACUCAAACCCACCGGCGUCAGUCAGAGGAGAGGCCACUUCAUCUGUAGUUUAUAGUGCUGCUCGCCUUCAGACCAUUCAACAUGACACAUCAGUUUCCAGCUCUCUCUACGGAGCAGAAGAAGGAGCUCGCCACAAUUGCCCAGCGCAUUGUGGCUACUGGAAAAGGCAUUUUGGCUGCAGAUGAGUCUACAGGCACCAUGGCAAAGCGUUUUCAGAAGACAAACGUGGAGAACACUGAAGAGAACCGUCGCAGCUUUCGCGACAUACUCUUCUCUGUAGACAAUUCAGUCUCUGAAUAUAUUGGUGGUGUCAUCUUUUUCCAUGAAACACUGUACCAGAAAUCAGCCCAGGGAGUUCUGUUUCCAAAAGUAAUCAAGAACAAGGGCAUCGUAGUUGGUAUCAAGGUGGACAAAGGCACAGCAGGAUUGGGUGGUACAGAUGGAGAGACAACCACACAGGGAUUGGACGGUCUGUCUGAACGCUGUGCCCAAUACAAAAAGGAUGGUUGUGAUUUUGCCAAGUGGCGUUGUGUGCUUAAGAUCUCUGACAGCUGCCCCUCUGCUCUUGCAAUUGCUGAAAACGCAAACGUUCUUGCCAGAUAUGCCAGCAUUUGCCAACAGAAUGGCCUGGUGCCAAUUGUAGAGCCUGAGAUCCUCCCAGACGGAGAUCAUGAUCUGCAACGGUGCCAGUAUGCCACUGAGAAGGUCCUGGCGGCUGUGUACAAGGCUCUCUCCGACCACCAUGUAUAUCUGGAGGGAACUCUGCUCAAACCAAACAUGGUCACUGCUGGACAUUCCUGUACCAAGAAGUACAACCCUCAGGAGGUUGCCAUGGCAACAGUCACUGCUCUCAGACGCACCGUGCCAGCUGCUGUACCGGGCAUCUGCUUCCUCUCUGGUGGUCAAAGUGAGGAGGAGGCCUCUCUGAAUCUGAACGCCAUGAACCAGCUUCCUUUGCACAGACCCUGGAAGCUGAGCUUCUCUUAUGGCCGUGCUCUCCAGGCCUCGGCUCUAGCUGCAUGGAAGGGACAAGCAGCAAACAAGAAGGCUGCACAGGACGCCUUCGUCACACGUGCCAAGAUCAAUAGUCUUGCAUCAAAAGGUGAAUACAAACCCUCAGGUCAGGCUGAUCAGGCAUCUACACAGUCCCUCUUUACUGCCAGCUAUGUCUACUAAAAUCAACAACAAACGACAGCAACUUGUGCUGGACAGUACAAAAUUUACAUGCAAAGGAUAUUCAAGAUGACGACAACGUGUACACGUGUUAAUUGUACAAAUUAAAUAUGUUCAUGCAGUUCUACCAAGAAUGACUCAACUAGACUCUGUUAACCCUGGAUUAGUUUAACUUUUCAUGCAUAUGCACCAACUUAUGCUUUUCAUUUUAAAAUAAAUGAUAAAAUGCCUGCUU